AUGGCCGACCCAGCCGGCUUCAUGCAAGGCACCGUCAAGAUUGAGGAUGGCAGCACCAUAAAGAAGGAGGACCUUGAUGCCAAGGUCAAGCAGGAGAAGAAGGAGGAGGAGAAGGACAUCAAGAUCGACAACGUGAAAGGCGAAGGCGUCAAGGGCGAAGGAGUCAAGCAAGAAGGAAAUGUGAAGCUGGAGAAGCGAAAUGAGGAGGAUGUGAAGAACGAGAUGAAGAUGGAAGGCACUAAGCGUGAAGACUUCUACGCGCUGGCAACAAAGGGUGAGGGUGCCAAGGGCGAAGUGAAGGGAGAGACCAAAGGUGAAGCCAAGGGCGAAGGCGUGAAAGGCGAGGGCGUGAAAGGCGAGUCGAAGAGAGAAAGGUCCAGAUCCAAGAAGAAGAAAAAGAAGGACAAGAUCAAGAAGGAGAAGGCCGAUGGCGACGAAAAGAAGAAGGACAAGAAGCGAAAGCGGUCAGAGUCCCCAGGAGGCACGCGCAAGCGAAAGUCCAAGUGGGGUCCCGACACAGGUGGAUUUUCCAUGACGGCCAUCCCGGGAGGGAGGUCGGGGCUCCUACCCGCGGCGGAGGCGGAUGAAGCCAUGCCCAGAUUCUCAGACGAAGAGAUGAUCCAGCGGUCGCUGAUCCUCGAGAAUCUGUCUCUUAGCUGCACCGGCCAGGAGCUCAUCGAGUUCUUCAACGGUGCCAUCCUCGCGGUGACCGGCAACGCUGUGCACCAGGCGGCCAACCGAAACAUGUCGCCCGUCUUCGCCUGCACCAUCACCGAGGAAGACCGAGCCAGCAGCAAGAGGAAGAGUGCCGAGCUGAAGUUCCGCACUCCCGACGGUGCCUCCGUCGGCAUGAAGCUGAACGGCAUUGAGUACAAGGGCCACAAGGUCACUGUGAAGAGACCUGACCCCUUUACCAAGCCCGCAGAUGGACAGGAUCCCUCAGUGCGAAUCAACCUGCACGAAGUGACCAUGGCCAAGCUGAUCGGCGGGGCUACGGACUCGCGGGGCAUGCCCAUGCCACAGGGCCCCUCGCCGAAGCUGUCCAUCUUCAACUUGCCUGACGUGAUGACAGAGCAAAUCUGCCGAGAUCUGCUGAGCCAGUUUGGCAAGCUCAGGAUGCUCAGUCUUAUCCGAGACUUGGGCACUGGCAAGAUCAAAGGCUACGGGAUCUUCGAGUACGACAAUCCAAAUGAUGUGGAUUUGGCAAUCGUGGCCCUCAACGGUUUUGUAUGUGGUCAGAACGUCAUCCGAGUACAGAAGCUGGGCCAGCAAUCUACGGCUGCUACCACGAAGCCGCAGCCGGUUGCUGCCACGGCAAUGCCCAACUCGAUGACUCAGAAGAUCGUGAAGAAUCCGGUCUUAGCCAUGCAGGUCAAGCAGGGAAGAGAGAUUGGCUCUCGGCCCAGCACUGUGGUGCAGCUCAUCAACGCUGUGUACCAGGAGGACCUCAUGGACGAUCAGGACUACGAUGACAUCACUGCAGAAGUUCACGGCGAGGCGUCGAAGCACGGGAACGUGAUGCGAGUAGUCAUUCCGAAGCCCGCCAAGGACGGCGCCUAUGUCGACGGCGUGGGCAAGAUCUUCGUCGCGUUUUCGGACCUGACAGCGGCAAGAAAGUUCCAGAUGGACGCCAACGGCCGGAAGUUUGAGAACAGGGUUGUCCCUUGGCCAUGA